AUGGCUGGAGGGGCUGCCAUGAGGCACGGGCGUCGCAGGGUGCUGUCUCUGGCGGCAGCACCCUGCAGCGUCUCCUGGCUCCUGACAACGGUGGCGACUUCUGUCAGGAUGAUGUGCAUAACAGCGUUCCUCGGCGGCUUCUGCUGUUCUAUCCUCACUAUGUUGUCACAGGUCUACAUCAGCGAGAUAUCAGUGCCAGAUAUCCGAGGCUGCCUUAGCGCCGUGCUCAAGAUUGUGGGUCACCUUGGAGUACUGUUCAGUUUCACCAUCGGCGCCUACCUCGACUGGCAACAGCUCGCGCUUUGCAUAUCAGCCGCUCCCUUACUUCUCUUUUGCACCGUGCUCUACAUACCAGAAACACCGAGUUAUCUCGUACUGACCGGUAGAGACGAGGAAGCGUACAAGAGUCUCCUCUGGUUACGGGGUCCCAACUCUGACGUAGCUCAGGAACUGGCUACUAUACGAACCAACGUACUAGCGAGUAAGAACUUCAGUCAAAGGCAAAGCCAGAUGUCGAGUAGUCAGCUCAUAAGCUCACUAGAUGUGAGAACAAUGAACCGACUUCUUGGACCGAUACUUGUGACCUGCGGAUUGAUGACCUUCCAGCGAUUUUCUGGCGCUCACGCGUUUUCAUUCUACGCUGUUCCGAUAUUCAGGAAAACUUUCGGCGGCAUGAACCCUCAUGGUGCGGCCAUUGCCGUAUCAUUCGUGCAGCUAUUAGCAUCUUGUUUAUCGGGACUUUUGAUUGAUACCGUGGGGAGGCUGCCGUUGUUAAUAGUCAGCUCUGUGCUCAUGUCAAUGGCUCUAGCAGGCUUUGGGAGCUACGCAUAUUAUGAGGAAGUGCACAGGAAUCAGCGCAUCCAAAACGUGAUGUUCCAUCAAACCGUUGGACAGAACGACUGGAUACCGUUGCUCUGUGUGCUGGUAUUCACGAUCGCGUUCUCCUUAGGCAUGAGUCCAAUAUCCUGGCUGCUGAUUGGGGAACUGUUCCCUCUAGAAUAUAGAGCGUUUGGGAGCGCGAUGGCCACAGCUUUUAGCUACCUCUGCGCAUUCGUUAGUGUGAAAACUUUUGUGGACUUCCAGCAGGCGCUGGGCCUUCACGGUGCCUUCUGGUUGUACGCUUCCAUAAGUGUGGGGGGCCUAUGUUUUGUUGUUUGCUGCGUACCGGAGACCAAAGGCAAGGAUCUGGACGAAAUGGACCCGAAUUAUGUACAAAGUCUGUCACCUAAGAGGUAA